AUGGGGAACCGACUUGGUGUGGUAAGAGAACUACUUGAGAACAAGGUUCAUCGGGUGCCAGACCACAACAACAACAUUGUGGGAAACAAGGAGAACCGUUAUGUCCGACUUAAAUAUCAAAAUGCGGAUAGAACCGAUUCUGUAAAUUCAGACUGCAAGUUAGAGCAAACCAAUCGUCAACUUGCUUUUGAAAAUCCAGUCUACAACCUUGAGAACGAGGAUAUUCAACCGAAUAUCAGACUUUACGAUGGACAUUACGAAGUAUCAGAUGGCUACGGAAACCAAGUAGACCUUGUUCUUACCGUUGCCCAAAGAAAUCUCAUCAGUGAACGUUGUUUCCUACUUCAGGGCAAAAUUGCACAUGUGCUUUCCUACCCAGGUGGCUACCGCUCACCAGAGUAUCCCCUUCUUCAAACCGAGCUAAAUCUGCUGAACGAGCUGUUGAGAUUCGGAAAUCAUAACUUUCAACUUCAACGCGUUCAUCUCAUCGAGGAAAUGUUUGUAUUCCAUGGGGAACUCCUCCAUGCUCUGUACUCAACCACAAUCUAA